ACAACCGAGUCGUUGCGAAGUGAUGACGAUAUUUAUACAGAUUGCAUAAGCCACUGCGCACUUCCGCUCACUUAACAUAUGCUGUCAUACAAUCAAUGCACCUGCUAUCGUUCUAUCAUGGAUAAUCCCUUACUCUUCUCUUCAAUCCGACGGCAUACUUUUCAAUCACCAUUAAUUGCAUCCUCGACGCGUGGCAAGAGCUCUAGAAAGCCUUGUUGUUCAAAAUGGCAGACCGUUCGACUCCGCCGCCGCAAACAGGCAGUUCAAAGCCCGGUGAGCUCCCACGGGCACCACUUACGCCGGAGCAGCUGCGGAAAAUUGAAAUAAACCGCAUGAAAGCAAAAGCGAUACGGGAGCAACGGGAGGCGGAGGCUCGGACAUCGGCUCAUGUUAGCGGUGCCGCGCAAUCUACGAAAGGAGGAGUUAAACGGUCUUAUUCUUCCAUGACGGCUGAGACGCCUGCUACGGUUCGAGAUGCGACUUCAGCGGCCCGUCCGCUUGAUUCGAUUAAGCCUGCGCGGAACUUCACGAAAUACGUUGAAUAUGACUUCAGUAAGAUGACGGAUACGAAGGGAGGGUUUUUGACGGAGGAGGAUGAUCCCUUUAAUAAGGCGCUUCAUGUCAAGGAUGGAAAGGAGGAACAGAAACCCGCGAAUAUGACGCAGAAGGAAUGGGAGAGAAAACAGUUACUCGAUUCUCUUCGUCGAAAUCGGGCCGGUCCUUUCGAACCGGCCCUCAGCGUGUUGGAUGAGAAAAGCAAGCAGAAGACAUGUCGUGAAUGUGGGAGUCUGGAGAUUGAUUGGAAGUGGGAGCAGGAUCUUCGGUGUUGCGUAUGCCACGCCUGCAAGGAGAAGUUCCCUGAAAAGUACAGUCUUCUCACAAAGACGGAAGCAAAGGAGGAUUACCUUUUGACAGAUCCUGAGCUCAAAGACGAAGAGCUUCUGCCCCAUCUUGAAAAACCGAACCCUCACAAGUCGACCUGGAACAACAUGAUGCUUUACCUUCGCUAUCAGGUUGAGGAAUAUGCCUUUUCGGCGAAGAAGUGGGGCUCUGCUGAAGCACUAGAUGCGGAGUUUGAGCGACGCGAGACUGAGAAGAAGCGACGUCGAGAGGCCAAAUUCAAGUCCAAACUACAAGAUCUGAAGAAGCGUACCCGAGUCGAUGCAUAUCGCCGUAGCCGUCAGGGAGCAACCGGGGGGAAUUUCGGUGAUGACCUGGGCAAUGGUGGGAGACAUGUGCACCAAUGGGGUCGGUCUAUUGAGAACCCCGAGACUGGAAUCGGAGUCAAGAAGUGUGUGGAUUGCGGGAUGGAAGUGGAGGAGUUAGAGUUCUAGCUGAUGGCAAUUGUCCUGUAUAAUGUAUAGAGUAAUAGUAUCUAAUGAGUCACGAAUUCAUGAAAACCAUAGGAGUGGAUACAUUUGGUCCAUUGAUAACGUUGCAGAUUAAAAAUAGUGACACGUUAUGUUCGCGAUAGUUUAUUGGGAGAUUUUUUGAACAGGUCAAAAAGCAACGGUGCUAAGGGUCAGUUGGG